AUGAAUCUAAUGCGCAAAUUGCGUGGGGCGACUUCUUCGGCGUCUCCUGAGACUGCCGAAGCCUCGAGCUCGUCGUCUCACGUUCAACUUGGUCUCAUGCACCUUAAAAAACUCUUUGCGGAGUAUACACAUCCACCGCAACCCCUUACAGAUGCCGAGAAAGAUGAUAAAGUAUACAAUAUGCUACCUCUCUUUUGUAAGGUAUUUGGCACUAGUCCAUCAAGUGAGAUGAAUGAAAAGUUCUGGGAUAUUUUAUCAUUCUGCCAGCAAGUUUCAAAGCUAAUGGUGUCAGAGAUCAGGAAGAGAGCCAGUAACCAAAGUACAGAGGCUGCUAGUUGUGCUAUUGCUAAAUUCUUAGAAAUAGAAAAUUCUGAGGAAUCUAGUAAUGGCUGGAUGUUACUAUCAACACUAAAUCUUCUAGCGGCUGGUGAUCAGUCACUAAUACAGGUCAUGACCACUGCAUCAAUACCUUCAACAUUAGUGAAAUGUUUAUACUUGUUCUUUGAUCUACCUGAAAUACCUGAGUCUGAAGCCGAUGUUCAGGAUGGUAACAGUGACUUUACUCCUAGGGAAAGACGAAUCUUGUUACAGAAGAUAUUUGUACAGGUACUUGUAAGGCUAUGCAGUCACCCAUUUCCAUGUGAAGAAUUAGCAAGAAAAGAUGAUCUCAGUCUAUUAUUUUCCGCCAUAACAUCAUGGUGUGCACCUCACAACAUUAUGUGGAGGAAGUCGGCCGCAGAAGUGCUAAUGACUUUAUCUAGACAUGGAUUAACACAAUCUGUUGUUCAAUACAUACACAAUAAGGGAUGUGUUGCGCUUUGCAUUGAAAAUAUGCAAAGGAUACCAGAAUUAACACCUUUAGAGGUAGUUGAAAUGUUUGUAGCUGUAUUCUGUUUCCUAAAGGAUUCAAGUGAAGUUAGUCAAUUAUUACUGGAUGAUUUCCGUUCUUGCCAAGGCUACUUAUUUCUAUCUGAAUUCCUUCUAAAACAUGAGAGACAAGGUGUACCCGAUUAUUUGACAUCAGGGUUGGAAGAAGAGAGAGUGAGUGGUACUGAGGCGAGGGCAGCUCUACGGAACCUAGUGUUAAUGGUAUCGUCGCUCUGUGCUUGUGGUUUCUCGGAGCUGCGGCCAACGCGCGCCAAUACAGAACUAUUCCAACUCCAGGGCUUCGUGCUACCACAGCCUUCCACUCCAGGACAGGCUGUGAGGAAUGUUCAAGCAUUUCAGGUGUUACAAUCAGUAUUUAUGAAGUCAAACUCUCCAGCAUUAUGCUGCACGAUAUUAGACGCAAUAUCAAGCGUAUAUCACGCGGACAACGCGAAUUAUUUCAUACUUGAAAAUCAAAACACACUAAGUCAAUUCUCAGAAAGGAUAUACACAAAGAAUUCGGAAAUUCAAGAGAAAUUCUUCGAAUUGCUAGAGUUUAUCGUGUUUCAAUUAAAUUUCGUGCCCUGCAAAGAGUUGAUAUCUUUGUCUUUGCUACUGAAAGCUAAUAGAUCAAGGACGUGUAGCAUAUUAUGUAUGAAGACACUUCUGAAUAUUUUAAAACACAACGCAAUUUUCAAAGACGUUUACCGGGAAGUGGGUAUGCUAGAAGUGUUUGUGACAUGUCUGUCUCGGUAUGCUGUAUACUUGAAAGACAAACAGAUUCUUGAUGAGGAGAAGGCGAAGAGGGAAUCGGAGUCACCUCCAGUGGAACCUAAUGAAUCCCCAGUGGCUCCCGAAAGAAAGAAAAGACAGUCGACUCGCCAUGAUUCCCUAAUCAGGGACCCUAACUUAGAUGAUGAGGAAGAGGAACUAGGGUCAUUAGUAAUGGAAGGCUUAACCGCUCUAUUAAACGCUAACUCCAAUAACUGCAACGUGUUUAGAGAUUGCGGCGGCGCGAAAUGUGUGCAUGGAAUGGUUGUGUAUGAAUCCUGUAGAAGUAAAGCUUUAGGUGUAGUAAGAGAAUUAAUAGUAAGUGGGUCAGGUGAAGAGGAUAUGUCUGCGCUACUGUGUGGUAUGCACGCCGCGCCAAACGACGCCUUACUUCUAAAGCUACACAUACUGAAGGCACUGCUAGCUUGCUUACGAGACUCGCAUCGCACUAGAACUAUAUUUAGAAAGGUCAGCGGUUUUGUAUACGUUACAAGUGUACUGGUUUCUCUAGAAGGUAAAUUAAAGGGUGAUGAACCAAUGGACAAAGAUAUGCUGCAGCUAAUACAUAUUGUAUUCUACACUAUUAGUACGGCUAUGAGAUUCGAACCAGCUAAUGCGAAGUUUUUUCACCAUGAGAUAUGUAUGACAACGCUGUGCGAGACAAUACGACUUCUAGGCUGCUUUAUCAACGAGACAGAAUUACAAAAUGAUACGGAACCCGGCGACGCGGAACUCUACGAAGUCUUUCACGAAAUAUUUACGAACAACAUUCUAGAAAUGACUUUUCCUGAGAAAGUACCAGUAGUGUUUGUGCAUGCGUGCAUCAUUCUGCGACUUUUAUACGAUGUCGCAUUGGACUCUUUCGAUAAACCGACCUUCUGCGGCUCGCUCAAUGUAAAGUCUCCGAGUUUGACCCGACAGAGCUCUGCUAUUAAUGAGUCCAAACCAGCGGGUCGUACGGCUCCGCUAAACUUGUCGACGGGCAGCAACAACGGAGAAGCUUGGGUGAUACACUCGGGCGUGGUCAUAGUACUCGCGAAGUUACUACCAGCAUUGCCUCGACCGCCUGAACAUGAAGCUCAUGCUAGAGCGAUACGAGACUAUUUAGCGCAUGUACUGAAGAGUCUUGUGAGAAGCGAGCGCAACCAGCAGGUGAUGUGUGGCGCGGGGCUGGCGGGCGCCGUGCUGCGCGUGUGCGGCGCCGCGCUGCGCGCCGAGCGGCACCCGCUGCACGCGCCCGCCAUGUACAUGCUCGAGAGGCUCGCCGCGCACGCGCUGCGCCCCGCAGAGCUCAGGGAAUUCUUACGGAUGGGGAACCCUUUGAACUGCGUGGAUCCUGAACCGGGUCAGGUUUGUAAACCCGGCGGGCCGGUGCCACUGACUAGGAUAAAGACACUCGUGUCUAUGACGACGCCGAGGGAUUAUAGAUCUCAAAACUCCUGCACUCUACCUCCUUUUGUUGAAUUCGACAUGUCAGCUGAAGGCUUUGGGUGCUUGUACCUACCUAGUAUAGCACCUCAAUCAGCCAAUCUAAACGCCUUAGGAACGCAAGAUACUGCCACUCUGGGUGGAAUCGGUUCAGGUGAUCGUGUGUUUCCGCCACAAACUGGUCUAACGUACUCUACGUGGAUAUGUGUGGAGAAGUACUCUGACUCUCGCAAUGAUCCGCAUUGUGUCAGGUUAUUGACCCUUGUGCGGAAUAUUAACAACAGUAGAGAUGAGCACCUCGUUUGCCUCACCAUGGUAUUAUCAGCGAGGGAUAAAGCUAUCAUUAUAUCGACACAGGAGACUUUAGUGCCUCAUAAUGUGGGUGAGUGGGAGCCUGAAGGGUCGGGAGAGUGUGGGGCGCGUGUUUGGUGCCCAGAUCUACAACAUGAAGGGCAGUGGCAUCACCUUGUACUCGUACUCAACCGCGCUGUACUCAAGAAUUCUUCCUUCUCGCUGUAUUUGGAUGGCGUGCACAUGCACUCGGGCAAGCUGCACUACGUGUCGGCCAACCCGGGCGGCGGCGCGGCCACGCUGUCGGGCGCGUCCUGCGUCUACGCCGUGCUCGGCACCCCGCCGCACUGGCGCCGGUACUCGCGCCUCGUCUGGCGCCAGGGGCCCGCGCUCUUACUGGAGGACGUGUUACCAGCACAAACAGUGUCAAUAAUCUACCAGCUGGGUCCGCACUACGUGGGUACGUUACAAGCUCCGUUACCGCCGGGACAGUACCUGGACCCUCUUGCUCCACUAGUGGCUGAGGAGAAGGUGGUAUUCGGAAUCAAUGCGCGUGCUAUGUCACAGCUCACUCUCGCCAAGAUACGGAAGGUAUAUAGCAAAAAUGACAACAAGGCUAUUGCCAAGAUGCUCGGUAUGUCUUCACAUGAAAAUGCGACUCCUAUCCGGAUAUUACACAACUCUGCUGGACACUUGAUUGGCCCAGCAAGAUGUUUAGGCGGCACCGUCGUCGGUUAUUUAGGUGUCCGUGUAUUUUGCCCGAAACCUGCUGCCAUCAUGAUCGAUACAGUAGGCGGCUGCUCAGUAUUAUUAGGUUUAAUAGCAAUGGCUCAAGAUGUGGAAUGUUUAUACGCAAGUGUUAAAGCUCUGGUUUGUGUGGUGCGGUCCAAUAAGGCUGCGCAAGCAGAAAUGGACAGGCGGAAAGGAUACCAGACUUUAGCAAUGUUACUGAAGAGGAAGAAACAAUUGCUCAACUCACACAUACUGCAUCUCAUUUUUGGUCUAGUCGGAACUGUUGAUAGUCAGAAGGAAACUUCUUCCAUUCCUAACUUAACUGCCUUUCAGGAUUUAAUAUGCGAGCUAGAAGUGUGGCUCGGUGCCCCUGGUGGGCUAAUCAAAUCUCUUUUAGAACAUUUACUGGAGCUGGCGACAGAAACAGCGCACAGAACGCACAACCUACGCACAAUGAGGGAGUUACAACUCGUCUCCAAACUUCUUUACAUUAUAAACGACGUGAAAGUCGUUAGCACAAGGAAUGUCCUCAUACAAUUACUGGCAGCUUUAUUAGGCGGACAGCCACGACCGAGCGACCUUCUCUGCUUAGGACAGUUUAUGGCGUACACGUUACCACUCCCGACACAAACAGAGAAAGGAGUUAACCUCAAGGAAAGUGACACAGAGAGCGAGGGAGAACAAAUUAUUCUAAGGAACAAAUGCUUCAACGUGAUACACGGUCUGCUCUUCACGCAACGGAAUCUUGUAAAUACUAUUGUGUGUGAAGAGAUAUCGCGAGUGUUGGGCGUGGAUUGGCUGCUCAGUUUCAUGUUGGAGAAUGUUCACCCAACAACUGUUUUAUGGGCAUUGAGGAUAAUGGUUGUUUUGUGUUCGGGGCAAGGACAACAAUCUGCCAUAUUGCAAAGAUUCAGGGAAGGUGUCGGCAACGGAGGUUGGUUGCGUCAUACAGAGAUGAUAGCGCAGCCACAACAAGCCGGGGUGGUGAUGACUACCACUGUACAUUCCAACUCACAUUUACACACGUCUCUACUGCAUAGUCCUGGGUUCACGUUGUUAGCAUGGCUUGUCCCAGCACACCUCCAGAUCCCGGAACUAUACUACUUGCUGUUCGGACUGGCGCUGGGGCAGCCGGUGCGCGCGGCGUGCUCGGAGCGCGCCGUGUCGGUGGAGCGCGUGUGGGCGGCGGCCUGGGGCGCGGCGGCGCCGCCCCGCCAGUCGCCCGCGGCGCUGGCCGCGCGGAUAUCGCUGUGUCCCGACGCCGUCGUGGUCCUCCUGGCCGCCUGCCGCGCCCUGGUGCAUGCUGACAAGAACUCCACGCCUGAAUGGCUUGCCGAUCAUCCCGUCGCUAUAGUACAGGUUUUAUUUUCGCUGUACAACACAUUGCCCGACUUCGUCCCCAUAAUGAUGAUGGCGGAAGUAUUGACAGCACUGGCUGCGAUGCUUUUUCCGCCUAACUGCACAGACGAUAUUCACAUGCCGAUCGGCGAGAGCGAAGAAAGCUCAGGCGCUUCUACACCGGGGUCUGAGAAGGAGGUAGUAGUGGGGAGUACUGUGGCCACGGCGGGGUCAUUGACGCAACACCCCGUCCGACAGGGGGUCAUGGACUUCUUACGUCUCAUUGUACUCGACUCGUUACCUCUUAAUGUUACCGGCAAAACUGCACCGAACCCCGAAACCUCGACUGACUCAGUGCCACCGUCAAUGUUUUGUACUCCAUGUAACUCCGGUCCAGGGAGAUCCUACUUUUAUAGCGUAAUCGAUCUAGUACUGGAUGCGUCUCCCCCAAAUUCAACCAGCCAGCAACAGAUAGAGUAUCAAACAGAAGUUCUAACUACAUUGAUGGAGAAUUUACUGAACACGGAGUUGUUCGGAUCCGAGUCCAAUAUAUCUAAUGUUUGUUACUUAGCUGCUAGACUCGUUGAUAAGCUAUGGCAAGGACAACUUUCACGAGAUCCUCACGAGGUAUUCGAUUUUAUAGUAAAAUUGAUAACACAAGCAAAGAAGAAAUCGUCAGUAAUCUCUUUGGAGGGAUUACAUCAUUGUUUAAACAGAACUAUACUGUUUUUACUGUCUCGUUCUACGGAGUCAAUAGCAGACCAGAUGUCAGUGCUGGAAGCUUUACACAAACUUACUACUAAUAGGUUACUGAUAUUUGGCGCUGGCAAUCACGAGCUAGAAUUUAUUGGAUGUCUGACGUACUGCCUGCUGCAACUAAGCUCUAACAUGAAGAUCGCUCUGGACUCACACAUGCGAACCACGUGGCAUGUCAACCCUAGCGGAGAUUUGGAGUCUAGAGACGACAAACUUACUACUCAUCAAGGACGAAAUCUAAUGGCUGGUGCUGCUCGACGUGUUUGGGAGGAACUAUACGUAUGUAAAAAGCCAGCUAUAGAAGAAGUAUUCAAAAUAACACUAGUGCUGCCCGUUGGGAAUGCUCGAGCACCCGAUCUGACGACUGUGAGGGAACAACUCAAUGAAGGCGCACAUAAACUGUGGAUCAAUUACAUCGAUAUUGAAAGAAAGGCUACUUACCGUGUCCCAUGGGAGCUUCACAAUCAAAUUCAGUCCAAGAUACAGAAAGUUACUGGUGGACUAACUCGACUUGCAUCUAGAACGAAAGUAAAGAAAGAAGACUCGGCCAAGCAACGAGCUAACCCACCGCGAGAUCAUGCACUGGCUUAUAUGCAGGACCAUGUACAACUUGUUAGACAAGCGUGGUGCGGUGUAGUAGGCGGGGCUGCGCUAACCCGUCUGCACACGCAGCGCUACGUGCAGGCGGAGUGGGCGGGCGCCUGGCGGGAACUCACCAGGGAGCGCGCCUUGUGGGGACCUCGCCGCGCGCCCGCGCUGGCCAAGUGGGCACUGGACUCUACGGAAGGACCCUCACGCAUGAGGAAGAUGCUACGUCGCAACCAUUCCUUCUACCAACACUACCCAUACCGACCUGACUUGGAUGACCCUGAUAAUAAACAACUAAAAUACAAAGUGGCCCAAAGUUUGGACAGCAAAGAGUACUACAGGCUGUACCAACAAUGGCGAACGGCAGGGAAUAUCUGUGAGGUAGAGGGCGCUGAACCUACAGACAUCCCUGAAACUACGAAUGAGCCUACCACUAGUGGAGACACAUCCCUUGAUGUUGCAAAUAGCGACGGAUCUCCUUCAGAUCUCGUUAGCAGUGGCGUCGUCAGUCGCGGUACAAACCAAUCUUCCGGCGAAGCUAACGAAGAUGGACCAGACAAUGAGGAUGAAGAUGAACAACCAACACCUCCACCUGACAACCAAACUCUUCUACGGCUUCUAGAACAUCACGAAAAGAUCUCUCACAUGUUCCGCUGUGCACGGAUACAAGGUUUAGACACAACAGAAGGUCUAUUACUAUUCGGUCGAGAGCACUGCUACGUCAUAGACGGGUUUACGUUACUGAAGAACAGAGAAAUACGUGACUUGGACAGCUGCCCAGACGACUACGAACCAAUACUCCCUGCGCAAGGUAUACAAAGGAGUAACCAAAGACAGUGUUCCAAGUUCUUGUAUGAAGAUAUUCGGGAAGUUCACAAAAGACGAUAUUUACUACAACCGAUUGCGUUAGAAGUAUUUUCAAGUGACGGCAGAAAUUACUUGCUCGCUUUUCCAAGAAAAGUUCGAAACAAAGUAUACAGCCGAUUCACAGCGCUAGCGACAGGUAUGGCGGACAGUGCGGCGGGCUCCGUGGCCGGACAGAAGCGUGGCGUCGCAGUGGAACAACCCGGCGGACUACUGGCCACGCUCAUUGGGGACACCUCCGUCACUCAACGCUGGCUGAGAGGUGAAAUAUCAAACUUCCAGUACUUGAUGCACCUGAAUACUCUCGCGGGUCGUUCGUACAAUGAUCUCAUGCAGUAUCCAGUGUUCCCCUGGAUCCUCGCCGACUAUGACUCGUUAGAACUCGACCUCAACGACCCGGCUACAUUCCGCGACCUUACCAAGCCUAUGGGAGCUCAAAGUCCGGAUAGGUUGGAACAAUUUAGGAAGCGAUAUAAGGAAUGGGACGAUCCUCACGGCGAAACUCCUCCGUACCACUACGGCACUCACUACUCGUCUGCAAUGAUCGUGUGCUCGUAUCUAGUCAGGAUGGAACCCUUCACGCAACACUUCCUCAAACUGCAGGGCGGACACUUCGACUUGGCUGAUAGAAUGUUCCAUUCAAUAAAGGAGGCGUGGAAUUCUGCGUCGCGACAUAACAUGGCUGAUGUCAAGGAAUUAAUACCGGAGUUCUUCUAUUUACCUGAAUUUCUUGUCAAUUCUAACAAUUUCGACUUAGGUUGCAAGCAAUCAGGCGUAUCCCUUGGCGACGUAGUUCUCCCGCCGUGGGCGCGCGGCGACGCUCGCGAGUUCAUCCGGGCGCACCGCGCGGCGCUGGAGUGCGACUACGUGUCGCACCGCCUGCACCACUGGAUCGACCUCGUCUUCGGGUACAAGCAGACCGGCCAGCCCGCCCACGACGCCUGCAACGUCUUCCAUCACCUCUUCUAUGAAGGAAACGUAGAUAUUUAUAAUAUUGAUGACCCGCUAAAGAAGAACGCUACAAUCGGCUUCAUUAACAAUUUUGGUCAGAUUCCAAAACAACUGUUCAAGAAAGCUCACCCUAGCAAGAAGAUGUCACAGCGCAGCUCCACUAUACUCGAUCCGAACAAUAUAAUACCUUCUCAGGGCAUCACUCCACCUGAGAAACUAUUUUUCCACAAUUUAGAAAACUUGAGACCUUCAUUACAACCUGUGAAAGAGGUAAAAGGCCCAGUAGGACAAAUCCUGUACACCGAAAAAGCAAUAUUAGCAGUGGAGCAGAACAAAGUGCUAAUGCCACCCACUUACAAUAAGUACGUGGCGUGGGGCUUCGCAGACCAUUCACUACGGAUCGGCAACUAUGAUAAUGACAAAGCUAUAUUUGUUUGUGAGACGGUGGCUCAGGCCUGUGGAGAGAUCGUCACCUGUGUCUGUCCGUCUGAUAAAACCAUUGUCACUGCUGGUACUAGUACGGUGGUAACAGUGUGGCAAUACUGGGCCCGUCGUCGUAGACUAGCAGUGAAGGUAUGUCUGUACGGCCACGAGGAAGCAGUGACCUGCCUGGCAGCUAGCCCGGCGUAUAACCUGGUGGUGAGCGGCAGUAGAGACGGACAGGCCAUCGUGUGGGAUGUAGAGCGAGGGUCCUUCAUACGACAGUUGUUGCCGCCGCACUGCUACGGACCACCGCCGCCUGUGUCUGCCUUGGCUAUUGAUGAUCUUACUGGCGACAUAGCGACGUGUAGCGGUAGCUGGCUGUACGCGUGGUCCAUCAACGGCUCGCUCCUGGGCGCCGUGGACACCAUCGGCGGCCGGGAGCGCUCCCAGCAAGUACUGUGUGUCGCAUUCAGCCAGACGAGGGAGUGGGACCCGCUCAAUGUCAUCAUCACUGGGUCUACUGACGGUGUAGUUCGGAUGUGGUCAAUAGAUUACAUAGCGGAAAUGGCAGAGGAACAAACGGAGAGCAUAGAAGGGGGUAGUGUAGACCCAGCGUCAACAUCUACGGAGAUACCAACAGACAAGGACGAACAGAAACUAUCAGUACAAGACAGUGAAGAAAUUAAGUCGGAAUCCGAAGUGAAAUCUGAGAGAUCAGAGAGUGAAAUCAAGUCUGAAGAGUUACAGCCACAGGAUAGGGAGGCGGCCAUCAAACGAGUGGAGGAGUUGGUCAAACAAAUGAGCCUGUCGCAAGAGAAAGAAGGUACCCUAAUCAAGUCAGGUUCAGAAAGUUCACUAUCAGACGCGUGUGAGACGACCAGCGCCAAGGAGUCCGCUCGGAGACACGACGAGAAAGACAUCUGCAGUGACAAUGAGGAUCCACAACAAUACGUGGAACCUAAGGAGGAACCAGUCGACUCCUGUGAUGAAGCCAAACAGGAACAGGAGUUUAAUAACGAAAAAGAUUUGGAUGCUGAGAAAGAUGUCCAUCGAAAUAAGCUGCAGAAACAAGGACAUGUCAUGCUUAGAAGGAAGUCUAAGGGAAAUCCGUUGUAUCGUAAAAGUGGCGGUAGUAUCGGUGACUCGAACGAGUCAUGUUCCAUAGAAGUAGGAGGCACAACUGUCACUACCGAGGCCCCCGAGAGUGGCGGUCUCCGCGCCAGUAAGUCAGACACGAGUCUGACGGAUUCCUUCGUGGUGGUGUCGGCGCCGGCCUCGCCCGCUUCACCCGCCAUUACACAGAAACAGGCUGCUAAGAUACAGCCCGCUACUGUCGAUAUAGAAUCGGGCAUGAAAUGGAUCCGCCGCCUAGUCCUCCGCGGCAAGUUAACAAUGCACACAGCGUACGAGCGCCGCGACAACGCCUGCCCCGCCUCCGUCACUGCUGUAGCCGCCGCGCGCAGUGGACGGGGGCUCGCUGUCGGAGACGCUAGGGGACGGAUUUUCCGUUGGUCUGCUCCUGAUAUGUCGAGCGCGGCGGGAGCCAAGGGCGGUCCCGCCGACCACUGGAUCCGAGACGAUACCGCGCCCUACUGUACACAAUGCCAGGUCCGCUUCACAGCGUUAGAGCGGCGCCACCACUGCCGCGAGUGCGGCGCGGUGUUCUGCGGGCGGUGCUCGCGGUACGAGGCGCCCGUGCGCCGCCUGCGGGCGCUGCGCCCCGUCCGCGUCUGUCAGCGGUGUCACGACAAUAUCACCGCGCGCUAG